GCCGCAGGCCUUCGAGCCGCCGAUUCCGCCUCUGAUGAUGGCUUUGCCGGCGAAGCCGGAAGCCACGGUGGAGCAGAGCCCAACCAGGCACAGCCCAACCAGGCACAGCCCAACCAGUGGCCCAACCAGGCAGAGGGCACAGAGGAGAGAGGAGGGCAUCCGGAGACUGCGAGGGGCCGCAAGUUCCGUGGGGACUGGUCGAAGGGAACGGCCGCGAGCCGGCUGCCCGAAGUGAACAACACCUAUUCGAUCAACGGCAUCACGUCGCAGCCGAUCCAGGUCUUCCGGAGCUCCUUCGUGGAGUUCAUCAGGUCCAACUACUCCUCGGUGGACAGGCAGGAGACCCCCUGCAGACGGCUAAUCGCCUCCUUCGUCAUGUUCUGUGCCUGGCUGCUGGACCGGAAGGAACCCGAACGCAACGGGUGCCUUGCCAGAGCCGUCCGGAGCCCCUACUUCGCCCUUUUGUCCACGGUGGUGAUCUUGGCCAACGCCGUCGUCAUCUUGUACGCCACGGACUACGAGAUGCAGAAUCUCAACCAACCCACCAACCCCCAGAUCCGGUCCGUCGACCUUGCCCUCGCGGGCUUCUACGUUGUAGAAGUGCUUUUGAAGCUCAUCGUCCACAAAUUAUUCUUCUUCUGGAACAGUGAAUGGAGAUGGAACCUCUUUGACUUCGCCCUGGUGCUGUUUGCGAUCGUGGAGAACGUGUUGGCCUACGAUUGGAUGCAAGGCACCCAGGACACUGGCGUCAAUUUGAACUUCCUGAGGCUCUUCCGACUCUGCAAGAUUGUGAAGAUUCUGCGUAUUUUCCGAACGCUGAAGUUCUUCAGCGAGCUGCGGCUCAUGCUGGACUGCAUGAUCGGUUCGCUGCUGAACGUGAUUUGGUGCAUCGUCAUGCUGGUCUUUGUGAUGUACGUCUUUGCACUCUUCGUGCAGCAGCUCCUGGCCUCCCACCUCAUCGAGGAUGGGGGCCGUGAAAGUGAAGAGGACGUCCGAGAGAUCCAGCGAUUCUUCGGCUCCGUGGGCGCAACCUUGCUGACGCUCUUCCAAGCCUGCACCUCCGGCGUGGACUGGAAGGAUCCGUUCGACGUGCUCAGGAUCUCCGGGGAUGUGCUGCCGGCAGCCUUCCUGUUCUACGUAGCCUUUGUCUUCAUCUCCGUCUGGAACAUCAUCACGAGUACCUUCGUGGAGAAGGCGUUGAAGCUGGCGCAGCCGGACAUCGACCUCCUGGUCAUGGAGCAGCAGCUCCAGGACUACCAAGACACGCAGAUGCUGGCAGAGCUCUUCUCGGACAUGCUGCAGACAGACGAGGACGGUGUUCCUCGCGUUGGGAUGGAGGAGUUUCGGCACCUUGUGGAGAACAGCGACUUCCGCUCCUACCUACAGACAAGGGGGAUCGACAUCAAGAAUGCCGAGACCUUCUUCAAGAUGCUGGUAGAGCUGCACGGAGAGCCAACCAUCGACGCCAUCACUUUUGCAAAUGCUUGUGUGCGAAUGAAAGGUGCGGCGACAAGCAUCGACCUGCAGACUGCCCGGGACCCCGGACACCGGCCCGGAUUGAAAGGUCUUCUCUGA